AAUCAAACCCAACAGACGGAGGCUAACGGAGGUGUCUGGACUGUAUCUGGACCAAACCUUCUGAGGAGCGUAGAUUCGAUGGGGUGGCCCUUCCUUGCGAACGAAAAAGACGCUUUACUCUUGUGUAGAGGUACAUGAAAAUAUCGUUUCGAUCGGACAAAACUCCUCUCUCGCGCUCACCCAUUUUCUUCACCGUCUUCACGUUCUCAGAGGAGGAAAGGCCACCUCUUUUCCCCCAAAAAAAUCUGGACACAAAAGCGGGGAUCCUUUUUCUCUCUUUCGUUGUCUUCACUCCAGCAGCCAAUCUCUAUAAUCGGGUGGCGAGCGUUCCUCUUGAAAAUCCCAGCGUUUAUUUGCAAAACAUUCAAAACUCUAACAACGUGUUAUAGAAGUAACGAAAAGGUCGGAGCUUGAUAACUUCAGCUGCCUCGCAUUACGUUCGCUCGAUUGGAUUCUACUCCGUUCCCGUGAUUUCUCUCUUCGGUUUUGCUAGAUAUCGAGAAAUCCCUUCUGGGCCUGAGUGAUUUCUCCUCAAGAAUGGCGAAUUUUGGAAUAUUUUCCGACUCCAAGUCCACGGAAUCUGUGACCGUCAGCUUCAGAAUACCGUACUACACUCACUGGGGUCAGAGCCUGCUCGUGUGCGGCUCUGAGCCGGUGCUCGGAUCGUGGGAUGUGAAGAAGGGCGUAUUGUUGACUCCGUCUCACCACGGCGACGAGCUCAUAUGGCGUGGGAGUGUCACUCUGCCGAGGGGUUACACGAGCGAGUACAGUUAUUACGUGGUGGACGAUGGCAGGAACCUGUUGAGAUGGGAGAUGGGGAAGAAGCGCAGGUUGGUGUUGCCCGAGGGAGUGAAGGGCGGUGAUGUGGUGGAGCUUUAUGAUCUUUGGCAGACUGGUUCAGAUACUCUCCCAUUCAGAAGUGCGUUCAAAGAUGUCAUCUUUCGUAGAAGUUCAAGUGUGGGCAUAGAGAGACCCCUUGUAGUUCUUCAGAAUAAUUUGGAUGAAAUUGAUUCUGUCCUCAUUCAUUUUCGAAUAUGCUGCCCCAGUAUAGAAGAGGACACUGCAGUGUAUGUGAUAGGGAGCUGUUCGAAGUUGGGGCAGUGGAAGAUUCAGAAUGGAGUUAAACUUGGCCAUGCUGGUGAUUCAGUUUGGCAUGCUGAUUGUGUAGUCCAAAGAGGCGACUUUCCCAUAAAAUACAAGUAUUGUACAUAUGGCAAGGCAGGGAACAUUUCUCUUGAAGUCGGCUCUCAACGGGAACUUUCCCUCGAAUCCUCCGAAAGUCAACCAAGAUAUAUGUUCCUCUCUGAUGGCAUGUUUCGAGCAAUGCCAUGGCGCGGUGCUGGUGUUGCUAUUCCCAUCUUUUCCAUCAGAUCCGAAGAGGAUGUUGGAGUUGGGGAGUUUCUUGAUUUGAAGUUGCUUGUUGACUGGGCUUUUGAAUGUGGAUUUCACUUGAUUCAACUUUUACCAAUUAAUGAUACUUCUGUACAUGGAAUGUGGUGGGACUCUUAUCCUUACAGCUCACUUUCAGUAUUUGCAUUACAUCCACUUUACCUGAGACUGGGUGCUCUUUCGAAGAACAUACCUAAUGAUAUCAAGCAUGAUAUUUUGAAGGCCAAGGAGGAGCUGGAUAAGAAGGAUGUUGAUUAUGAAGCGACAAUGGCCGCAAAGCUUUCAAUUGCCAAGAAACUUUUCUCUCUUGAGAAGAAUUCAGUCCUUAAUUCAAGCAUCUUCCAAAAGUUCUUUUCAGAGAAUGAGGAAUGGUUGAAACCUUAUGCAGCCUUUUGUUUCCUACGUGACUUCUUUGAAACUUCUGAUCACAGCCAAUGGGGUCGCUUUUCCCAAUUUUCAAAGGAAAAGCUUGAUAAACUUGUCUCAAAAGAGAGCUUGCACUAUGACAUUAUAUGCUUUCACUACUACAUUCAAUUCCAUUUAGACUUGCAAUUGUCAGAAGCAGCUGGGUAUGCUAGAGAGAGAGGAGUGGUGUUAAAAGGAGAUCUGCCUAUUGGUGUUGAUAGAAAUAGUGUUGAUACCUGGGUCUAUCCAAAUUUGUUUCGGAUGAACACGGCAACUGGAGCGCCUCCUGAUUAUUUUGAUAAGAAUGGGCAGAACUGGGGGUUUCCUACUUAUAACUGGGAGGAAAUGUCGAAGGACAAUUAUGCUUGGUGGUGUGCCCGUUUAACACAGAUGGCAAAGUACUUCACGGCUUACCGAAUUGACCACAUACUUGGUUUCUUUAGAAUCUGGGAACUUCCAGAGCAUGCCAUGACAGGCCUUGUUGGUAAAUUUAGACCAUCAAUUCCUCUAAGUCAGGAAGAACUUGAACGAGAGGGAAUAUGGGACUUUAAUCGUUUGAGCAAUCCUUAUGUCCGGCAGGAAUUAUUACAGGAAAAAUUUGGAGAACCAUGGCCUCUUAUUGCUUCUAAUUUCUUCAAUCAAUAUGAGAAGCACCUUUAUGAGUUCAAGGAAGACUGCAACACAGAGAAGAAAAUUGCUGCAAAGCUGAAGUCAUUUGCUCAAAGGUCCCUGUUGGAAGAUGAAAAUAAGAUACGUCGUAAUCUCUUUGAUCUUCUACAGAAUAUAGUUCUUAUCAGGGAUCCCGAGGAUGCGAAGAAAUUUUAUCCUCGUUUCAAUCUGGAAGAUACAGCAAGUUUUAAGGACUUGGAUGAUCACAGCAAGAAUGUUUUGAAGCGAUUGUACUAUGAUUACUAUUUUCACCGGCAAGAUAACCUGUGGAGACAGAAUGCUUUAAAGACAUUGCCUGUCCUCCUGAACUCUUCAGAUAUGUUGGCUUGUGGAGAAGAUUUAGGCCUCAUCCCGUCGUGUGUACAUCCAGUAUGUCUCCCAAUUUCAUACGAAUACUUUCUAAUAAGGAGCUGUUGUAACUGUGACAUUAUCUCACAGGUUAUGCAAGAACUUGGACUAGUAGGUUUGCGCAUCCAGCGAAUGCCUAGUGAACCGGAUCUUGAGUUUGGUAUUCCUUCUCAGUACAGCUACAUGACGGUGUGUGCUCCUUCUUGCCACGACUGUUCUACGUUACGUGCUUGGUGGGAAGAAGAUGAAGAAAGAAGGCGUCGUUUCUCCAAAAAUGUGAUCGGUUCUGACAAGUUGCCCCCAAGUAAAUGUGUUCCUGAUGUUGCAUAUUUUAUUUUACGCCAACAUGUCGAAGCUCCAUCCAUGUGGGCAAUCUUCCCUCUUCAGGACUUGCUGGUGUUGAAAGAAGAAUACAUGACUCGUCCAGCAACCGAGGAAACAAUCAAUGACCCGACCAAUCCAAAGCACUACUGGAGAUACCGUGUACACGUGACGUUGGAGGCCUUGAUGAAGGACGGAGAUCUCACAACCACGGUUAAGAAUCUUGUACGUGGGAGCGGAAGAUCACAUCCUCUUCUUCUUGAAGCUAAUACGAGUGGCAGUCGAGAAACGGGAAAUAGUACUACAGAAAAGAAGCUAGUCAGUGGAGAAUCCUUAACCACACAGUUAACUGGAGCUCCACAGAGGGAGAGCCUUGUGGUUUCAUAGUCCAGCCGGCGCUUGUAAGCUAGACAUUGUAUUGGAAAAUCAGGAGGAGGAGGUCCUUAUUACUUUCUUUUUCCUAAUAAGCGUAGAAUAACCUUUCCUCUCACACAACUGAGGGAUAAUACUGUAUUAUACGAUGCGUUAUGACUUAGAUACCUCAGUAUAUAUGCACUUGUCACACGAGAUAUUGAAGCGUAUGGUCGUACUGAUUCAUUCUCA